CAGUAUCUGAGGUGCGUCUCUAUUACCGUACCUGUGAGGAAUGGACAUGGCAGCGGCCAGCAAACAGCAGCAGCUUCUCAACUCUCCAUUGACAACAGUUGAAAACAAUAGCUGAGAACAAACGUCCUCUCGUCUCUUUCUACAGACGCCACAGCAGAGACGGACGCAGCUGAAACUCUCACAUCUCUGUUUACAACAAGUGCCAACACCUGAUCAUCUUCCACAGAGCGAUCAGUUCACAUCAUCAGGUUUCUCUGCUGCGCCGGCUGUUUCACCAAUGCCUCGAUGGAGAGCGUUCUUCAGUCAGUACUUGCGAUGGUCCAACACCGUCACUCAAGCCCUCGUCCUGUCCGUCAUCACUUUUUGCAUCGUUCUCCCUCUGUGCUGUCAUCGGCUGCUUUACUCCUACUUCUUCAUCAAGUCCAUGUACCUGGACUCCAUGAGUGAGCAGGUCCUGCGGAAGAGCUUAGAACGAGGCCAGGACGCGCUGCACUUCUGGCAGAGCACUUCCACCGCAGUGGCGGCAUCUUCCAGGUUCAGUGACAUCGGCCAGCAUCCUGAGCUGCUGGUUAUCGUGGUGUCAGUCCGGCGAAAUGAGGGGCGGGACUUCCACUACCUUCUCCAGGUGAUGCGGCAGCUGAGCGGCAUUCUCGGAGGCUGUGGGGAGCAGAGGUGUGCAGAGGUGUUGGUCUGCGACGUAGAAAGCGGUCCACAGGAAAACCAAGACGCCAAGAUGCUGGAGGCCCACUUCAGGGUGAUCCGGCGCUCCCCUCGGGAGCAGCGGAGGAACAGGGAACGAGUCAACACCUUCGAGAGGGAGAAGAGGGAUUACGUGUUUUGUCUCCGUAAGGGAUGGGAGCUGGUGCAGCCCAAGAACAUAGUUGUCCUGGAGGACGAUGCUUUUCCAAAGCAGGACUUUUUCUCAGUUGUAAAACACCUGCUGUCACGUCAGUUUGCCUUCCAGACACUUUACAUAAAGCUGUAUCACCCUGAAAGGCUGCAGCGCUACUGGAACCCCGAGCCUUACCGCAUCCUGGAGUGGGUGGGACUCGGGCUGGUCGGAGCGACGGCCCUCCUCCUCACCUUUUCUUACUGGAACCCCUGCUCUUUCUCCUUCAAGCUGUCGGCCGGCCACCUUCUCUUCUUCACUCUUUACUUCAUGGCUGCCACGGAGCUACUGGGGCGUCACUACCUGCUGGAGGUGCGGAGACUUUCCCCACAGCUGUACGCUGUCUCCCCAGCCACAGAGUGCUGCACCCCUGCCAUGCUCUUCCCGGGUAACUCCUCGCUCAGGGCGGCCGAGUAUCUGGACGGCUCGUUCUGCGUCAAGGGGAAUGCCAAAGAUAUGGUUCUGUAUCAAAUGAUGAGGACGAUCCCCGGGGAGAGUGCUCACAGCGUGGAACCCAACCUCAUCACCCACAUCGGGGCCUAUUCCUCAGUCAGGGACAACCCAUCCAGGCCCACACUCCUCUGACAUGGAGGUAUCUCAGUGCAAAAAGGCUGGAUUUAAUCAGGUUCCUCCUCCACUCGGUUCUACUUUUCCUUUCUGCCAUGUCUCCUGCCGGACUCUUCAUACAUUUGUGUAGAUGUGAAAGGUUGCAAAUAAGGGUUUGUCUAAUCAGGAAGUGUUUUAGCUGUGAUGUUGGGACACCCUACACAUCUUUUCGCCGACAAAUCACAUAAACCACUUUACCUGAGCUGUGUUGUUAGAGAUCAGACGUCAUAUCAUCACUGCUGGAAAAACUUCUUUAAUCACUUUUCGGUCUUUCAGGUUCGAUGAUAUGCUCCUCUACACGUGGGGUAAUUCUACUGCCGGGGGUCAUGAACUAUUUACAAAAAAAAUCAGAUGCUGUUAGUUUCCACCAUGAUCAUCAUCCACUUAAAAACAAGCCUUUUAGAACAUAAAGAUUAUUUAGUGUUUCAUGGAUAUGAUGAAAAUGGUGGGAUUAUUAAAGGAUUUUUUUCACUGUUUGUACAUCCAGACCUUAUUAAAACUAGGGUUGGGGUUACAUAGCAUGUCAUCAAACCUUUUACCGAAUUGUCUCGCACACGCGAGAAGCUAUGUCUAACGUUACAUAGAUGCUGAUAUAGUAACGUUACAUAGAUGCUGAUAUAGUAACGUUACAUAGAUGCUGAUAUAGUAACGUUACAUAGAUGCUGAUAUAGUAACGUUACAUAGAUGCUGAUAUAGUAACGUUACAUAGAUGCUGGAUAUAGUAACGUUACAUAGAUGCUGAUAUAGUAACGUUACAUAGAUGCUGAUAUAGUAACCUUACAUAGAUGCUGGAUAUAGUAACGUUACAUAGAUGCUGAUAUAGUAACGUUACAUAGAUGCUGAUAUAGUAACGUUACAUAGAUGCUGAUAUAGUAACGUUACAUAGAUGCUGAUAUAGUAACGUUACAUAGAUGC